UUGUUCAUUUUUUUUUUGUAAUCAACAGAUUUGGAGCAUGUUUCUAUGACUUUUUUUUCAGAACUCAGUGGGUGGGUUCUCUGGAAUAUCUGGUGGUCACUUCAACUCAAAGAUGAAAAUAGAAGAUGGAGUUCGUGGAGUACUUUUACAUCAUAAAACAACCAAAGGACAAUCUCCACUUACGUUUGCCAUUGCUGCAAAAGAAACUAAUGAAGUACAUGUCUCUGAAUGUCCUUGUUUCAUUAUAUCUGGCAAUUCUGGAGGAAUCAGUGCGAAAGAUAUGUGGCAUGAAAUUAAAAAGAAUGGAUCGUUUGACAACCUUGGUUAUGAAGAUUGUUCGCCUUCAAAACCAGGAUCAUCCAUAGGAGCAGCUGUAGCAGCCUCCUUGAGUGUUCCUCCUGGUUCUGUCCGUAGAGUCACAUUCUCCCUUGCAUGGGACAGUCCAGAAGUCAGAUUUGGUGACAAGACAUACUACAAGCGCUAUUCAAGAUAUUAUGGCACUUUAGGUGAAGCAGCUGCAAAGAUUGCAAAUGAUGCUAUUUUAGAACAUUCCACCUGGGAAUCCCAGAUAGAAUUAUGGCAGAGACCAAUUCUUGAAGACAAAAGAUUUCCUGACUGGUACCCUGUCACACUCUUCAAUGAACUCUACUACCUUAAUGCAGGGGGGACAAUAUGGACAGAUGGAUUACCUCCAACAAGAAGUUUAGCAUCCCUGAGAGAUAGAAAGUUUUGCCUUGGAAAGUCGGGAUCACAUCUCGAUAAAGUAAUUAACACCGAAAAUCAUAAAAAUAUAGCUAUUGAAAUCCUAGAAAGGAUGGCAUCGACACUUGAGAAGGCAGAUAUUCCUCUGACAUCAAAUGCUGCUUUUGGAACCCAAUUACUAAAAGAUGGAGAAGAAAACAUUGGUCAGUUCCUUUAUUUUGAAGGGAGUGAGUACCUCAUGUUCAACACUUAUGAUGUUCAUUUCUACUCAUCUUUUGCACUGCUCAUGCUAUUCCCAAAACUUGAACUGAGCAUCCAGAGAGACUUUGCAGCAGCAGUUAUGAUGCAUGAUCCAAGCAAGAUGGAAAUUAUGAGUGACGGGAAGUGGGUUCCGAGAAAGAUUCUCGGUGCCGUUCCACAUGAUAUUGGGCUUAAUGACCCUUGGUUUGAAGUAAAUUCUUAUAAUCUAUUUAAUACAGAUAACUGGAAAGAUUUGAAUCCCAAGUUUGUUCUCCAAGUACAUAGGGAUAUCGUUGCUACAGGAGACAAGAGUUUUGCACAGGCUGUUUGGCCUUCAGUUUAUGCUGCAAUGGCUUUUAUGGAUCAAUUUGAUAAAGAUGGAGAUGGGAUGAUUGAGAAUGAAGGGUUCCCUGAUCAAACAUACGAUGUAUGGCCUGUUGAUGGUGUGAGUGCAUAUAGUGGGGGGCUAUGGGUGGCAGCCCUCCAAGCAGCUUCAUCUAUUGCUCAUCUAGUGGGUGAUAACGCAUCUGCCGCCUAUUUUCAUACAAAGUAUCAAAAUGCAAAAUCCGUAUAUGGCACAUUGUGGAAUGGAUCCUACUUCAACUAUGACAACACGGCAAGUAGUUCCAGCAAGAGUAUUCUAGCUGAUCAAUUGGCUGGACAAUGGUAUGCUGGAGCAAGUGGUCUCAUGCCAAUUGCUGAUGAUGACAAAGUAAGAACUGCACUCCAAAAGAUUUAUGAUUUCAACGUCUUGAAGGUGAAAGGAGGCACACGUGGUGCAGUAAAUGGGAUGCUUCCGGACGGAAGUGUUGAUUUGACAGGUAUGCAAUCAAGGGAAAUUUGGGCUGGAGUUACAUAUGCUCUUGCAGCAACCAUGAUUCAGGUGGGGAUGGUUGAAACGGCAUUUAAAACGGCAGCUGGUGCUUAUGAAGCCGCUUGGUCACAGCAAGGUCUCGGAUACUCCUUCCAGACUCCAGAAGGGUGGAAUACUGACGACGAAUACCGAUCCUUAUGUUACAUGAGACCUUUAGCAAUAUGGGCAAUGCAAUGGGCACUGACAAAGCCAAAACUCUUCUCAGAGGAGAUGAAACAUUCAUAUGGUGAGAUUGAUGACUCCGUGUACCGUAAGCAACAUCUAGGAUUUUCAAAAGUGGCUCACCUCUUAAAGCUGCCUAAUAAGGAGGAAACUUCUAAAAGCUUCCUACAAUCCCUUGUUCACUUCAUUUGCAGAAGAGUGCCCAUUUGAUUUCUCAACGCACUAUUAAUAA